AUGUUUUAUGUGAUAAAAGGACUCAAAACUAAAUUGUCAAUAGAGCCAAAUUAUUUAGAUCAAUUGAAAGAUUAAAAGUUCAUUUUAGAGUAAAUUGUAUAGAAAUUAGAAGGCAAGUACUUCGAAGAUGUUGGUUAUAUCAUUUGUAUAACUAAAUGCUUGAAUUGCAAUUAAUUUUAAGAUGAAUAAAUAGAUGCAUUAAUUGAAGAGGAUGGAACUGUUAGAGUAGUGGUAUCAAUUUAUUUUAUUUAAGAUCAAAUUCGAAGCUAUAGUAUUUCAAAUUAAGGAUAAAGAUAUAGUAGAUGUUGAAGUGAUCAAAUGUGAAGCCACGGCAGUAUUUGCUAAAUUGGGUCCUAUUGAUUUUAUUAUUCCUAGAGAUAAAUUACCAAUUAAUUACACUUAUUCUAAUGUAAGUCUUUUUAUGUGAAUUCAGGAAUCAUAUAAAGAAGAAGAUGAAGAAGUGAUUAAAUAAGGUACUAAAUUAAGAGUCUAAGUUCAAAAGACAAAUUAUAAACAGGGAAAAUUAAGAGCUUUUGCUCAUUUAACAGGUGAUAAUUUAGACAAUAUUUGCGGCAUAUUAAGCGAUGAUCUGAAGUUAUGA